AAAUAUCGAUUAAUCCACCUGCCAACUGUCAUCGUAUCAUUCGACAGGAUCGAUUAUACCCGAGCGUUCGCAUCGGUCGCUUUCGACAAUUCAAAAAAAAAUUCAAAUUCCCAACAGUCAAAUUAUUAAUUAGUAAACGUUAAUUAAUUUAUUCAUUGUGUCGCAGCAAGUGCAACUGUACGAUGUGAAGAUGCCGGAAGGGAACGAUUCGGUUUUGUAUUCGCAACUCCAACCAUGGAGCACGGUGGGGGCCACGCCCUGCAUGGAACAAGUCGCCGGCCCUCCCAUGCCCCAUCGCAUAAGCACCUACUACAAAACGCCGCGGCCUCACCCAUGGAGACCCACCCUGGGAUACGAAAUCGUCGAACCCAUGCCUUUACCUCGCCAGCACACGACGAACGCCCUGAUAGACCCCUGCUACACGCCCAUGGGAAUGGCGACGGAGCCGCUCAAAUUCCCCAACAUGGUGACCGGCUUCGAGAGGAAUCCGGCGCACGCGGCCCGCGCCGCCCUCUACACCAGGUACACGCCGCUGGAGUGGACCCAGAACAACCUGAAGCUCUACAACGAGGCGGACACCACCAAGAACUACUCGGAACGGUUGCGCGGCGAUUUCUGCCGGGUCAUGAGGGAAACCGACGAGACGACGGCGCAAGGACAACGGGACGCCGGAAGAAGAUUGGGAGAACGCAUCACCGACACCACCUUCUGGAGGAACGAACUUAGAACCGAAUUGGAGCGCAUGAUCACCGAGAUCGAUCUGCUGAUGGGCCAGAAACGGGCCCUCAAGAAAGCCAUCGACGACAUCGAAGGACCGUUGCACAUCGCCCAAGAGUGCCUCUACCACAGGGAGAAACGGGAAGGUUCGUAUAUCCAUAUAAACCCUACUCCAACAUCGUUCCUUUUAACAACGCGAUAUCCUUAUCAAGGCAUGGAGCUGGUGCACGACCAUCCGGAGCAAUGUCUGCUGAAGGAGAUCGAAAUGUACAGGAACAGGCAGGAGCAGUUGCGCUGCCUCUACAACAAAGUGGUCGAUCAGUUGCACAACAACAGAGCGGCCCAGCACGAGCUCGAAGUCGACGUCAACAGCAAGGACUCGGCCUUGGGCAUCGACAACAUGUGCCAUCAAUUGACCAAUUUCUCCAAGGGGCUCGCCUAUCACGGCGGCAUCGAGAAAUUCGAUCCCACGGUGAGCAACACGGUGACGUGGGCGGAAAACAGCAAUCGCAUCGUCAACAGAUCGCAAUCGGAGCGCGCCAAAUCGACGCAGAUGCGUUCGGACGCCGCCAAUUUGAUCAAUUCCUCGUCCCAAGAGAUUUGGGACGCGUGGAAUACGACGAACAACGCGUUGGCCCGCAAGGCCGCCGAAACGCUCGAGUGCAAGAGCAAGGACCAGUACAAGUUGCACCAAGUGCAACAGGAGAUAUUCGAUUUGGAGAAGCACAUCGAGCUGUUGAAGAAGGCCAUCAGGGACAAGAGCGGUCCGAUGAAGGUGGCGCACACCAGAUUGGAGGCGCGCACCCAUCGCAAGGAGAUCGAAUUGUGCAGGGACAUGGCACAAGACAGGUUGGUGUACGAGGUGAAGGACCUGCAGAACAGCAUCGAAACGUUGCACAGGAAGCUGCAGGAGGCGGAGGCGCAGCACCAGCAGCUGCUGAAGACGCGCAUCAAUUUGGAAACGGAUCUGCACAACAAAGUCGGUUCGUUGUUCAUCGAUAGGGAAAAGUGUUUGGGUUUGAGACGGGCCUUUCCCAUCACCGGUACCAUCAAAUAUUAAUUGGUCCGUUGGACUGGGCUAAAGGCCGCCAUUCACGAGUACUCCAAAUGGAGUGGUACCAGUCCAAAAUCUCUCUGUAAGCGUGAGAAACUGUAUCUGUUGGUGAAUUUCUCUCUAUUGACCCAGCAAGACAUUUGAACACUGUCCAAAAGAAUCAUUUUAAUCGGUGUGCUUGUGAAUGGCGACCUUAAGUCGCAGGUUUAGCUAAUUUGUACUAAAUUACGAGUAGUUUCAAAU